GAGCUGAUAAAUGCGCAUGCGCGACACGGCCCCGACCCCUUCUACCGGUUUCCUGCGCGCGCGGCUUGCCACGUUAGUACCGCAGGAGUUUUCGAGUCGCCACAGCAACGAGCAGCACAAUUACACACGCUGAGGAGCCGCAGCUGAGGUUAGAGAGCGGGUGAAACUCUGAGGAGCUCAUGAUGAUGAUGAUGAUGAUGAAGUCGGUGGUCCUGUGCGCGCUCGCGGUCGCGGCUCACAUCACCGAGGAGGAGGACGUGCUCGUGCUCAACAAAAGUAACUUCGACGCGGCGCUGAGCGCGCACCCCGACCUGCUGGUGGAGUUCUAUGCGCCAUGGUGCGGUCACUGCAAAGCUCUCGCUCCCGAAUACGCCAAAGCAGCAGGACUCCUCAAAGGCGAGGGUUCGGCUAUCCGUCUGGCCAAAGUGGACGCCACGGAGGAGACGGACCUGGCGCAGGAGUUCGGGGUGCGUGGUUACCCCACCAUCAAAUUCUUCAAGGGUGGAGAGAAGGCCACGCCCAAGGAGUACACAGCUGGUCGUCAGGCCGAUGAUAUCGUGAACUGGUUGAAGAAGAAGACUGGGCCGGCCGCCACCACACUCGGCGAGGUCACGCAAGCGGAGUCACUGAUCGCCGACAACGAGGUUGCCGUCAUCGGCUUCUUCAAGGACGUGGAGUCUGACGGUGCCAAGGCCUUCCUCAAAGCCGCCGAGGCCAUCGAUGACAUCCCCUUCGGUAUCACCUCUGAAGAUGCCGUAUUCUCCAAGUUCGAGGUCACCAAGGACGGUGUUGUCCUCUUUAAGAAGUUUGACGAAGGCCGGAACACGUUCGAUGGCGAGCUCACCAAAGAGAACCUCCUGAGCUUCAUCAAGGCCAAUCAGCUCCCACUGGUCAUCGAGUUCACCGAGCAGACGGCCCCCAAAAUCUUCGGAGGAGACAUCAAGUCCCACAUCCUGCUGUUCGUGCCCAAGGCAAACCCAGAUUUCCAGGAGAAGCUGGACCACUUUAAGAAAGCAGCCGAGGGCUUCAAGGGCAAGAUCCUCUUCAUCUUCAUCGACAGCGAGGCAGAGGAUAACCAGCGCAUCCUGGAGUUCUUUGGCCUGAAGAAGGACGAGUGCCCCGCCCUGCGCCUCAUCACCCUGGAGGACGAGAUGACCAAAUACAGACCCGAGUCUUCAGAGAUCACAGCCGAGAACAUUGUCACCUUCUGCACAGCAUUCACAGAGGGCAAGCUCAAGCCUCACCUUAUGAGCCAGGACAUUCCUGAUGACUGGAAUGAGAACCCAGUCAAGGUCCUGGUGGGAAAGAACUUUGAGGAAGUCGUCUUUGAUCCCUCCAAGAACGUCUUUGUCGAGUUCUAUGCUCCAUGGUGUGGUCACUGCAAACAGCUGGCUCCGAUCUGGGAUCAGCUUGGAGAGAAAUACAAGGACCACCCAGACAUCCUGGUGGCGAAGAUGGACUCCACAGCCAAUGAGAUCGAGAGCGUUAAAGUCCACAGCUUCCCCACACUCAAGUUCUUCCCAGCAGGAGAUGAUCACAAGAUCAUUGACUACAGUGGAGAGAGAACACUGGAGGGCUUUACAAAGUUCCUGGAGAGUGGAGGGAAGGAAGGUGGAGCACCAGCUGGAGAUGAUGAUGACGAAGAGGUUGACGAUUUGGACAUUGACGAUACUGAGGACACUGAUGCAGAGGGACACGACGAGUUAUAAGGACAGAGUGAGCGAGCGAGAGGAGAGACGAACCCCUUCACCAACCACCACUUCCACUACUCCAAGCCCUCCCUGUCCCAGGAACCCUCAAACUUCUCCCAAUCAAUCAGACUUUUUACACCAUGACUGAUGACCUCAAAGAAGAAAUAACACUUUUUUUGGGGGGGAAAUGUUUCUCUGAUCGGAGACCCAAUGGUUGAGCCUUGUGUUGGCAUUAAAGCUCGUUUCUCCUGUCUGUUAAUUAGCAUUUUGAAGGUUCUGCCAUCUCCGGUGAUCCUCAAGGGUCAGUAUUAGGCCUUUUUUUUUUUUUUUUUUUUUUUAAAUUGGGAGUUUGAGUUUAGUGGCUGGGACGGACAGAUCUAUCUCAGGGCAUCGGGGUGAUGAAACAAAAACGAACCAUAAACAAUACAUUCUCACUUAAUUCAGAUCAAGGUGUAGCCGAGACCAAGCGUCCUUUUUUUUUUUUCCUUUGUGCAUUCGUUCUUCCCCUCCUCCAUAACCAUUAAUACAUAGCUACUGAUUUUUUUUAAUAGUAUAAAAGUUAUCUAUGUUAUAUUUAAUUCUAUUUUUCCUUUUUUUUUUUUGGUGUAUAAUUGUCGCUCGCUCGAGGGUCCGGUGACCCCCUCAGUCUGUGGGGGGGGGGGGGGGAUUCUGUACCACUAUACUGUUCACGCCAGCAGAGAUUUUAUCUCGGUUACUGAAACAAUUUCAGAAAUAUUCCGUCUUUUGUUCCGCGUCUCCUCUCCAUCGCAUGGGUCAAUGAAGGGGCGAUGUAUAAACAGGAUAACGGCGAAGGGUGGGGAACAACGUGUUCGUAAACCCAGUCCACUGGGUGGUUUCAUUUUUCACAAGUCCAGGGUCGGGGUUGUAAAUGUGCGGUUUUGUCCCCUAACUGUUUGUUGUUGCUGUUGUUCAGAGGGUUGCUGUUAAAUGGGGCAGGAUGUGGGUUUAUACAGGGAGGGACUUGUGUGUAUUUUUUUUUUUUUUAAUUAUUGUAAGGUGUAAAGAUGUAAAGAGGAAUGAACGAGUUGAGAGAAGCUAAGCAUUCCAUCACACUUAAAAAGGAAAAAAUGUGGAAAAAUAAACUGGUGGCCAAAUAAACAGUGGUGACGA